UGAUGUGGCAUCACUAUAAAUAUGGCGUCGAAAAUAAGUUGCAAGAGAUUUUAUUAAUUACUGCAUUUAUAAUAAAAAUUUAAUAAAAAUACGUUAGUUUCAUAUGUAAAUAGCUAAAAAUAGUGAAAUAAUAAUAUAUUGUUUAAAUAAUAAAUAAAUCAAUAUUAAAGAAAAUUUAAAAUUAUAGCAGAUAUAGAGAAAAAAAGAAAGGAACAAUUUUAACGUUUUGCAAAUUGCAAUAAAUGAAUGGCUCAAGGACCCAAAAGUCAAAAACAGAAAAUACUGCGGCAACAAAAAAAGAACAAGAAAAAUACGACAGCAAGAAAAAUAACAAAAAGAAAAAAACAACUUUUUACCAAGACAAAGCGGCUGCGAAAGAUGGAAAAGAAAGGCACUUAAAAAUCCAAGGCAGGUGUACGACGGCGACGCUGGCGCUACGAAAUUAACUAGAAUUAAUUAGUUAAAAAAUAGAAAAAAUUACACUACACACACAACCAGCCAACGAACCAAUUAACAAAAGAAAAAACAAAAUUAGUGUCAUUUUAAUAAGAAGUCAAUUGAAAUGAUCUAGUAAUUCCAAUAAGAAAACACGCAGAGUUGAAAAUAAAUGCAAUAAAUAAACAAAGACAACUUGUAAGUUAAUAACACAUAUACCAUGAGCUCUUCCAUUGUGACAGCUAAUACUACUGCACCAGUAUCUGCCAUGGCUACUGCGGCUACAAAUUUAAUAGCUUCAUUGCCAGGUUCCCGUCAACAACCACCAACACAACAGCCAACCCCCACUGUAGCUGGAGCAAUUAUGCCAGCUAUGAAUGCACAAUUUCGUGAAAUUCAUAAAAACACCUGGCUCAAACGUUUAACGGCGGAGGGCAAAAAAGUCUGUGUGGGGCCUAAAAAAUCUGAACGCAGUUGGGUUGUCUUUUGUGUACACGAUGAUACUGAAGCACUAUUGGAAGGUUAUGCUGAACCAAGGCAGGCUCCAUCACAUAAUCCCGAAUGGAUUGUCUCCAUGCAGGAUACAUUACAUAUUUCUCACGCACUAAUUCCAAAUUCACAUGAAUUUGAGUUUGUUGUCACGCUCAGCAAUGAAGUGGUGCGUUUUCAUGCUAUGUCAUGGGAUAUUAUGCAAGAAUGGGUCGAAACAUUACGGUCAAAAUUAAGAGAAAUGAAAAUACUUUCACCCCGUGAAAAUCUCUAUACAAAAUUACCAGAAGUAAGGGCUCCACUAUUGCCAACAAGAGAUCCCACAUCCCCAUUACCAGCACCACCACCGGUGCCUGCAGCCAUAGUACCCGGUGUUGAAAGAGUUAUACCUCCUAGUGUUCAGCAACAACAGUCUACAACAGCAUUAGAAACAAAUGAAACGAGAAAUUCUCUCAACAAUACAGGAACAACUUCGCCUAUAACAAGCGAGACAAGCAUGGAAACAAUAACAACUACCCAAUCCACUUUUUCAACGGCUGCUAAUACAACUACAACACAAGCAUCAUUAUCUUCAACUACCACCUCCAAUAUGACAGCAGCUGUGCCGAAUUUAACUUCUAUGUCAAAUACUCUAACACAAAAUCUUUUAAAUAUGCUAUCGGAUCCCAUUAGUGCUUAUAGUGAACAAUUAAAUGAUGCUAAUUCCUCUUCAUCCUCCAUAGAACCAGAUGAAAUGGUUACAGGUUCAUCGUCUCUAUCUUUGGCCAUGGAACGUGAUUUUAACUUAAGUGAUUGUUCAACUGAGGAAGAAUUUAUAGGUCCAUUAUUACGAAAACCCAGUGCAAAUAACAGUGAUAUUAAUGGAAGUUUUACUAACAACAGUGUACGUUUAGAUGUUUUAGCAGCACAUCGCGCUUCAGCAGAUCAAAUAAGAAAUAUGGAAAAUAUUUUACAGUGUGAACGUUAUAUACCAAGACCACAAACAUCACGCUCCCUAUCAGCUGGAGCUGUAGACAAAUCUAAAAGACAAAAUAUUAAUCAAAAAGUUGAAGCUAAUAGCAAAUUAUCAUCCCUAAUGGUUGCCAAUACUAGUAGUAAGGGAAAUAAUAUAACAGAACUAGAAGUUAAUUCCGAAAAUUCUACACCAUCAACAACAUCCAGUGAUAACUCUACGAAUACGAAUAUUACAAUAAUACAAGUAUCAACAGAAAAUCGAAACGAUAAGACGACAGCAACUAGUGCUAGUGGAGAAAAUAAUUAUGAACCACCAAAAUUGCCACAUAAAACAACAACAUCAACAGCAGCUACAGCAGAUGUAUUUAAAUUUCCCGAUGCCCAUGUGUCAGUCACGAAAAAUAUAAAACAUCAUGAAUAUAAAAGUAAUGUACAAAUAAUUCCGUCCAGUAGUAAUAAAAGUAACAGUAGUACCAGCAGUAGUAGUAGUAAUAGUAAUCUCAACAAUAGCAGUACUAUACAAGUAAUGGGCAAUUCCACCACAAUGGUGGGUGGUAAUCAAUAUACAACUCCAGUUAAAAAAACGCCAGCAGCUGCCAGUGUUGCAUCAACAAUAAUAGAUGAGCAUAGCAAAAUAACAACAGUACAUGUAGCAGGUACUGAUAACACAUAUGGUACAUGUUUUACACCACCCUCAUCAUCAUCCGCCUCGACAUCACAUACGUCCACACCUAAAAUGCCUAAAAAAAUUAUAUUAUCAGCUAAUACAUCCGGAAUUACAAAUAUUACAGUGAAUAACACAACAACCAGUGAAGAAAUGUCCGCAGUAGUGUUAAGAAAAAAUUCAAUUGGUGGGAAAUUAGAAAAUGAAUUUGCCAUUUCGUCCGCUAACUCUAAUUCAGCGAAUUUAAAUAAAAACAAUGGACUUCAUUAUGAAAAGGUAUUCCUUUCAUCUACCGCUACCAUAAGCACAACUGAUGCCUUUGGUAGUGUACAACCCACAUCAUCAACAUCUCAAAAUAUUACACCAUUAUCACCGAAAUGGAGUUCUCCUCUUCACCGACAUUCAAAACAACGCAAUAAAGAGGAAAUAACAGCAUCACCAUUGGGAAAAUCGUUAGCCAACACAAAUGGUGUGGACAAAAAAGUAAAACUACAAAAUGCCACAACUAAACAACACAGUGGCGAACAACGGCACAAAUCGCCUACACAAAUGCCGCUGCAUACAGCUGAUCAGCCAAUGUCUUCUAUCAAUAUGGGCAGUCCAGUUAUGGCUAGAAGAAGAUUUGUUUCUCCUUCAAAUAGCAGACCCAUACAAACUGCUGCACCUAGGCCUCCAUUUAUACUAACAAGAGGACUAACAGAAGCUGUCAUAACUAGUAGACCUAGUCGAAAAGAUUUUCAUUUCCUUAAUAAACUGUCUGUGGCAAAAACAAAAUCCUCAAAUACAAACAGUAAUAGUAAUAAGUCAUCUAACACGACCAAUAAUAAUGAAAAUGGUUCUGGUUCUUCCGCAUCUACAACAACAACACCCUCACAUUUAGCCGUGAAUCGUACAACAUCUGAAGCUUUAGAACAGCGCAGGCGUAGUUCGUCAACUUCAGAUGCCCAGUCACAACGCCAUACGCGCGGUACUAAUAACAAUGACCCCUCUAAUCGUGCUAACAUUGGAAGUAGUGGCGGAGGACCUUUACGUCAACCACCACAGCCUUUUCGUUUAGCUGAAAAUAUUCUUGGUGUAAGUUCUAGUCCUGGUAAUACCACAUCACCGGCGAAACGUAUGACUUUAAGAGAACAACAAGUAAUGCAAUUGCGACGUGAAAUAAUGCAUCCUGGUGGUGUUCGUUUGCAAUUAAGGCGUAAAGAUUGUGUAGGUUCUAUUGCAUGGGUAGAUGCUUUUGGUGCUGUGUGGGUGGCUGGUUGGAAGCAAAAAGAACAUCCUGUUUUAUAUAAUGCCUUACAUAUAGGCGAUCAAUUGCUGUCAAUAGCUGGUGUAACAAUAAGUUCAGCAACAGAAGCUAAUAAAAUUAUACGCAAUACCAAUACACUUUUUGUCGAGGUCUUGGUACGUCGUAUACCAUUUGGCCGUGGCUAUGCUAUACGGCGCGAAAGAGAAGGUCAAUGUUUAGGUUUAAUACGUGAUGGUAAUACAUCUACAAUAGUUGAUGUAGUACCAAAUAGUUUGGCAGCUAGACAUGGUCUACCUCCAAAGGCUCAGUCAUGUGAUGGUACUACUCUAACAUUUUGGGUACUCACAGAAAUAAAUGGCCGUCCAUUAAAUUUAUUUUUUAAAGACAAUGAAAUACGCGAUCGCUUAAACUCGGUUGGUCGUGAUAUUUCCAUAUUGGUGCAGCCGUCAGAUUUAAUAACAAAACUUAAGAAACAACUGAAAUCAUUACGCGGCUAUAAGGAUUAUUUGGUGCAAUAACCCUAAAUUAAUUAAUUACUUGUAAAACAAACAAAACAGAAGCUAAAAGCAUUCAAAUUUUAAGACACAAUCUCUAAUUGGUAAGAUUUUUUUUACUUUUCAAUUGAUUUCUUCAUUUCAUUUUUUUUAGUAAACAUUAUCAUUCCAAGUUUAAUAAUGCAUAUUUAAAAGAAAAACUUUAUAAUGUCUCAAACAAGUUUUCUUAUAAUGAAAAACUUAUAUAGUCAGUAUAUAUUAGCUGUAGUACUUAAUACAUUCAAAUGUACUACAUUUUAGACAUACAUACAAACAUAUAUAAAGUACUUAUAUACAAACAUAUAUAUAUAUAUAUAUAUAUAUAAAUAUAUAUAUAGACAUUUUGAUAUAUAUA